AUGCCGAUGCCCAAAGCAGAUGCUCUUCUCUCGGCGGGUGAUUUUAAGAGCGCGUUGGAUAAAGUUCCGGCGGGAACUUUCAACCCACGCACCGUGGCAUCCAUGCGCGCACGCGCUGACCAGGCGGCGAAAGAAGGCCUGCCGUUGCUUGUCCGCGUCGGGAACACGAAGUACUUUGCGGUGAGGGACGGCCAGAAGUUCAACCGCACCGUGAUUGGAGAGUGGGGGCACGUGAAGUACGACCAGCGCGGGAGCAAAGUAUUCCAGUGCAAGGCGAGCAACGGCAGCCCGUGCAGCGACAGUUCGUCGAGGAAAAGUACCGGCCGUUGUGUUCACGCCGCCAUCGUUGCGGUGUACAUUUACGACCGGUACAAGUCCGGCGUUGCGGGGGAAGAGCUGGAGCUGGAGCGUGAUGGCGACAUGGACGGCAUGGAGUUCGGGCCAGAGGGGGAGGGGUGGGGGGCUGAAGACACCAUCGGUGGUUGCACGGGGUUCGCAUCGUACACUCAGCAUGAAAAUCCUCUGUACUUCGGAGAAGAGAUGGCUCAGCACAGAGUGAUCACGGCUGUCUACAAGUUCCCCGUGGCUGAGCCUGAGCUCAAGCCAGGAACGUACGGGCGCAAAAGGAUUCACGUCAACGCAUGCUUUUGCACAGGUUGCGGACAGAAGUACCAAGAACUUCCCGACGGCGAAGCAACCCUUCUCGGCCAGCGGACAAACGGGGGGGCAGAACUGCGAGUGGUGAAGGUCGAGCGGAAGGAUGCAAGAGGUGCAAGCUGAUCGGAUGGGCGGGCGACGAUAUCUAUGCGGACGGCGUGUUCAACUACAACAACAAUGUUGUGCUUGCACUUCCUCUCCUGUACACCAUCCGUAGGGCGGUCAGUGCCGGUACAGCUGUAUCAACCUGGGUGAGGACCUUCCUCAGGCCCCUGCUGGAUGACCUGACAUGGCUGGACGCCUCGAACGAAAACCGCGCAUUGGCU